GCGCUGUCAGCGCGAUUAUAAGGGAAAAGUUGCCCGCCGAGAGCCGGGCAGGCGCACGCUCGUACGGCGGCCGCAGCGGCUGGGCGGGGCCGCGGAGCAGCGAGUGGCGGCGGAGGAAGUCCCCGGGAACGCUCCCUUCAGAGUCUCGCUCCGGCCUCAGCGAGGUCCCGGGUUCGCUAGGACUUUUGCACGCAGUCAUGGGUGGCGUCGGGGAGCCCGGCCGGGGACCCGCGCAGCCGGGGGCGCCUCUGCCCACCUUCCGCUGGGAGCAGAUCCGCCCGCACAACCUGCCGGGCGACAAGUGGCUGGUCAUCGAGCGUCGCGUCUACGACAUCAGCCGCUGGGCACAGCGGCACCCCGGGGGCAGCCGCCUCAUCGGCCACCACGGCGCUGAGGACGCCACGGACGCCUUCCAUGCCUUUCACCAGGACCUCAGUUUCGUGCGCAAGUUUCUGCAGCCCCUGCUGAUUGGAGAGCUGGCCCCGGAGGAGCCCAGCCAGGACGGACCCCAGAAUGCCCAGCUUGUCGAGGACUUCCGAGCCCUGCGCCAGGCUGUCAAGGACAUGAAGCUGUUUGAGGCCAAGCCCGCCUUCUUCGCUCUCCUGCUGGGCCACAUCCUGGCCAUGGAGGUGCUCGCCUGGCUCACCAUCUACCUCCUCGGCCCCGGCUGGGUGCCUAGCACCGUCGCUGCCCUCAUCCUAGUCAUCUCCCAGGCCCAGAGCUGGUAUCUGCAGCACGACCUGGGCCACACCUCUGUCUUCAGGAAGUCCCAGUGGAACCAUGUGGCCCAGCAGUUUGUGAUGGGGCAGCUGAAGGGCUUCUCUGCACACUGGUGGAACUUCCGCCACUUCCGGCACCAUGCCAAGCCCAACAUCUUCCACAAGGACCCAGAUGUGACCGUGGCACCUGUCUUCCUGCUGGGGGAGUUGUCCAUCGAGUAUGGCAAGAAGAAGCGCAGAUACCUACCCUACAACCGCCAGCACCUGUACUUCUUCCUGAUUGGCCCGCCGCUGCUCGUUCUGGUGAACUUUGAAGUGGAAAAUCUGGCGUAUGUGCUGAUGUACAUGCGGUGGACGGACUUGCUCUGGGCGGCCAGCUUCUACGCUCGCUUCUUCCUGUCUUACAUCCCCUUCUACGGUGUUCCUGGGGCGCUGCUCCUCUUUGUGGCUGUCAGGGUCCUGGAGAGCCACUGGUUCGUGUGGAUCACACAGAUGAACCACAUCCCCAAGGAGAUUGGCCACGAGAAGCACCGGGACUGGGCCAGCUCUCAGCUGGCGGCCACCUGCAACGUGGAGCACUCGCUCUUCAUUGACUGGUUCAGCGGACACCUCAACUUCCAGAUCGAGCACCACCUCUUCCCCACAAUGCCGAGGCACAACUAUCACAGGGUGGCCCCACUGGUCAAGGCUCUGUGCACCAAGCACGGCCUCAGCUAUGAGGUGAAGCCCUUCCUCACCGCCCUGGUGGACAUCAUCAGGUCCCUGAAGAAGUCUGGCGACAUCUGGCUGGAAGCCUACCUCCACCAGUGAAGGCAGCAUCCAGGGCCCCGGCAGCCACUAAGCUGCCUAGGUGGGCUCGACAGCAGUCCCCAGCCCGGCCUUGCCUCAGCCUGCGGCCCCUGCCCACCCUCCUGGGCCCCUCCCCGGUCUGCUCCACAGCCCUGCGGCCCUGGCCCUAGGCCCAACAGGACCAGGGCUAGGGGGGUGGUAUAUAAAGUCACAUGGUGAGCAUGGCAUGUUUUCCUAGAGAAAAAUUUAGGGAAAGCUGUUAUUUUUCUAUAAAAACAAACCCAGAUAUAUUA